AAACAGUCCCCACACAGUCCAGGCCAGCGUCACUCAGGUACACAACACCACGCCUUUCUUUUCGUCCCUUCUUUUGCUCUCGAUUGCUUCUGAAACACUCCUUAUACCUACUUGAGCCUAUUCCAACCGCAAACUACGGUACACGACACCGUUGACCUAUAUACCUCACGAUACAAGCGCGAUCGCCAUGUCAGGCUUCAUAACCACAAUUAACCCGCGCACUCGUGCGCCGUUCAAGCCACAGAAGUCGAAUCGAGGCACAAGCAGCUGGCAGCUGAAGCAGUAUGCGGAGGCGACACUCGGCAGCGGCAGUCUGAGGAAGGCUGUCAAGCUGCCUGAGGGCGAGGACAAGGACGAAUGGCUGGCUGUCAACAUUGUCGACUUCUACAAUCAGAUCAACCUGCUCUAUGGGUCCAUCACCGAGUUCUGCUCGCCGCAGAGCUGUCCUGAGAUGAAGGCGACAGACGAAUUCGAGUACCUCUGGCAAGACAGCGAAAACUAUAAGCGACCCACCAAGAUGCCUGCGCCCGAGUACAUCGAGCACCUGAUGGCAUGGGUGCAGUCUAACGUCGAUAACGAGCAGAUGUUCCCCAGCCGUAUCGGUGUGCCAUUCCCGAAAACCUUCCCGUCGCUCAUUCGCAACAUGUUCAAGCGCCUGUACCGCGUCUAUGCACACAUCUACUGCCACCACUACCCCGUCAUCAUCGAGCUCGGUCUUGAGCCCCACCUCAACACGAGCUUCAAGCACUACGUGCUGUUCAUUGACGAGCAUGGUUUGACAAACGGCAGCAAGGACUUCUGGGGGCCUUUGGGUGAUCUUGUGGACAGCAUGUUGAGGAGCGACUAGAUGUCUUGCCUUGAAACAGGGUGCAGUCUUGGGUCAGGAGCACCCAAGGUAAUUGUUGAGUCCAUUUCGGUUUAGUGGGAUGCAAUCAGCAACCACAGCAUGGGGCAGGCUUACGGCGUUGGGGAAAUUGGGACAUGCAUGUACAGAGGGAUAUCCAGAGCAUUUCUUCCACGAUGUACGAGUAUCACGGACGACGAAUCGAACAGCGUG